UUUGGGCGUCGCUGGACGGGAGAGGCGCGAGCCUGCAGUCCAUAUUGGUUCUGUUGGAGGGAGACGCAGCCAUGGCGCUGGAACUGUACCUGGACCUGUACUCUCAGCCCUGCCGCUCCGUUUACAUCUUCGCCAAGCAGAACAAAAUCCCAUUCGACUUCAAGCAAGUCACUCUGUUUGACGCCCAGCAGUACGGAGAAGAGUUCGGGAAGAUUAACCCGCUUAGAAAAGUCCCCGCUCUGCGCGACGGAGACUUCUGCCUGGCGGAGAGCGUGGCCAUCCUGAUCUACCUGGCAGAGAAGUUCCAGACGCCCGACUACUGGUACCCGGCAGAAGUGCAGCAGCGCGCCCGGGUCAACGAGUACCUGUCGUGGCAGCACUCGGCGCUUCGUCUUCACGGGUCUAAGGUGUUCUGGUUGCGGCUUAUGCUUCCCAAGGCUCUGGGCAUAGAGGUGCCACAAGAAAAGAUGGACGCUGCCUUGGAGGAUCUGAACGGCUCCCUGACCCUCAUCGAAGAAAAGUUCAUCCAGGACAAGGCCUUCAUCGCAGGAGACCAGAUCUCCCUGGCCGACCUGGUGGCCAUAGUGGAGAUCAUGCAGCCUGUGGGUUCUGGCCUGGAUGUGUUUGAGGGCAGACCCAAGCUGAGUGCGUGGAGGGACAGGGUCCAAGCUGCCAUCGGCCAAGAGCUGUUUGACGACGCCCACCGGACCAUCCUGGAAGCCCAAGACCGGGUGGUGCCGAUGGAGCAGAGCAAGCUGCACAUGUUUAAGGCCAAGGUCAUCAAGUUCUUCAUGUGAAGGCGGCGUCGGUUCUGUCCGUUAAAGUCCAACAUGGAACAAAAGCACUGAGAGGUUUAUAAACUUGUUUCCAGAACCACAGGAGUGGUUCUUGUGGUUCUGGGGAGGGUUCAUAUAAUACAGGCUUAUGUUAAACACCAUGUUUCUAUCUGAGCCAACAACACACUUUUUCUCUGUUACUGGACCAUAACUGUGAUGACAUGUGAUGUGCAGCUGGUUCCAGGAAGCUGGACUCAGAAGACCCGAUUAUGCAACGUAGCGUAGAGGAAUGUGCGAUAACGGCUCCUCUGAGAUCAGUGUUUCCUGAGCUCAUUGCUGCAGCUCAGCUUUGUUUUAUGUCACACCUAAUAAAUCAACAUGUUGGACCAAA